GGGGGUCAGGUGGGCACCGGGGGGGCUCCCGUUGGGUCCGAGGAGGAGAUGAGGCGUUUGUUGGCCAUGGCUGAGGUGGCCGAGGAGGAGCUGAACCCCUUCCAGGUGCUGGGCGUGGAGGCCACGGCGUCGGACGCCGAGAUGAAGAAGGCUUAUCGGAGGCUGGCGGUGAUGGUCCACCCGGACAAGAACCAUCACCCCAGGGCGGAGGCGGCCUUCAAGGUGCUGCGGGCGGCCUGGGACAUCGUCAGCAGCCCCGAGAGGAGGAAGGAGUAUGAAAUGAAGCGGAUGGCGGAGAGCGAGCUGACCAGGUCCAUGAGCGAGUUCCUGAGCCGGCUGCAGGACGACCUGAAGGAGGCCAUGAACACCAUGAUGUGCAGCAAGUGCCAGGGGAAGCACAAGAGGUUCGAGAUGGACCGGGACCCCCUGAACGCCCGGUAUUGUGCUGAGUGUGGGGGGCUGCACCCCGCCGAGGAGGGCGACUUUUGGGCCGAAUCCAGCCUCUUGGGGUUGAAAAUCACCUACUUCGCCAUGAUGGACGGCAAGAUCUACGACAUCACGGAGUGGGCCGGGUGCCAGCGCGUGGGCAUCUCCCCCGACACCCACCGCGUCCCCUACCACAUCUCCUUCGGCGCCAGGAACGCCGGCCCCCCGGGGCGGCAGAGGUGGGUGAUGGGGAAACAGCCUUUGGUGAUGCCUGGUUCUGGGGGGGGGGGGGGAAACCCCCCGAGCCAAAGCUGCCACGGGGGCCGUGGGGGGGGGCUCACGUGA